GGCAACAGCUCCCUCUCGUGGUGGUUGAUAUUGACUAGUAGCAAAAAGUUAAUAUUAUUGUUAACAUUUUGGUGAUCUGAAUCGAUUUUUAUUCCAUUUGAAGUCUUAUUGACCUUAAUUUGUCAAUGAAGAUUAACAGCCAUAAAAUUACUUUAUAACUGUAAACUCAUCAUUAUUCAUUAUGAGUAUAUUUGGAGGCGGAACAUCAUCUUUCGGCCAGAGUACUGUAUUUGGACAGGGUACAACCCAGACAGCACAAAACAUGAACCCUAUGAAGGAUUUUGAGGUGACAUCUCCACCAGAUGAUAGUGUUAGCUGUUUAAAGUUCAGUCCCGGUGUCUUACCAUCAACAUUUUUAAUAGCUGGUAGCUGGGAUAAUAACGUUCGAUGUUGGGAAGUACAACAGAAUGGUCAAACCGUACCAAAAGCUCAACAGACACACACUGGACCUGUUUUAGAUGUAGACUGGAGUGAUGAUGGUACCAAAGUUUUUACAGCAUCAUGUGAUAAAACAGCCAAGAUGUGGGACCUCAACAGUAACCAAUGUACACAAGUUGCUCAGCAUGAUGCACCAAUAAAAACAGUGAACUGGAUAAAAGCUCCUAAUUAUAGCUGCCUCAUGACUGGUAGUUGGGAUAAGACACUAAAGUUUUGGGACACAAGAACACCAAACCCUAUCUUAUCUAUAACUUUACCUGAAAGAGUUUAUUGUGCUGACGUGAAAUACCCAAUGGCUGUAGUAGGAACUUCUGGUCGAGGAAUUAUUAUUUAUCAGUUAGAAAACCAACCCCAAGAGUUCAAAAGAAUGGAAUCGCCAUUAAAAUAUCAGUCGAGAUGUAUGAGUAUAUUCCUAGAUAAGAAGACAAGUGCACCAACCGGUUUUGCUCUAGGCAGUAUUGAAGGAAGAGUGGGAAUACAGUAUGUGAACCCAACAAAUCCUAAAGAUAACUUCACCUUUAAAUGUCAUAGGUCAAAUGGAUCUACUGGCGGUAUGCAAGAUAUUUACCCAGUAAAUGACAUUUCAUUCCAUCCAGUUCAUGGUACCUUAGCAACAGUUGGCUCGGAUGGAAGAUUCAGUUUUUGGGACAAAGAUGCUCGAACCAAAUUGAAGACAUCAGAAGUAUUUGAUCAGCCCAUCACAUGUUGUAAUUUCAAUGCCCAAGGAAAUAUAUUUGCAUAUGCAUCUAGCUAUGAUUGGUCUAAGGGACACGAAGGUUACGACCCACAGAAGAUGAAACCACACGUGUUCCUACGUUCAUGUUUUGAGGAAUUAAAGCCAUCAACUAAGAGAGCUUAAUGAUAUGUUGUAUAUAAUAUGAAUCAAAAUCAUUGUUAUAUGAAUGUGCUUCAUCUUCUUUAUUAAAUCAUGAACAUAUAGUUGUAAAAUGAAAUGAAAUGGAGUUUAACGUCCUACUAUUCUGGUCUGACUGAGCUUAUGAUGACGGGUCUAAUUGAAUAAGAGAAUUUCUAAAUGUAUCAAAGCAUUUUUUUGAAGAUUUACAUUGUCUAUAAAUAUGAUUCAGUUUCCAUCUUUUAAGUCGAAUCCGCUGUUUUUAAGGGGGGAGGCUAUACGAAAAUACCUUGUGGGUUUUCACCGGGUCCUCCAGUUUCCUCCCCCUCUAAAAGCCCCUAUGCACAAGCGAAUUAUUGAAAUAAAAAUGAACCGUGUGUUAGUCCCGAAAUGACCUAAUUUGUGUCAGUGAAGGUUAAACCUCAUCUCUCUCUCUCUAUCCAAAAAUUUUUAUUCUGAAAUGUUAAAGCUGUUGAAUUGAAAAUGCUACAAGUAGUUAGGAAAUGUAAUAAACAAGGGAAAACUAGCAUUUAAAAAAAAGUUGUUGCCAGGGUAACACAUUUUUUGGAAAAAAAAUUCACUAGCUUUAGAAUUUCAGAAAACAGUUUUCAGGUAGCCUCACCCCUUAAAGAAGUACAGUGAAUACUUUUUACUUGAAAAGUUAAGAAUAAAGCUAUCUAAAAGUUGUACUUUUAACAAAACAGGAUGUUAAAUAAGUCAAAUUUUGAUCCAGAUGAUCCAGAAAAUUAAUGUUUUAAAGCAGUUAAAUCCCAGUUCAUUUUGACAAAUCUCUAUAUGAAGCCUAUAUAUUGAAAAACCUAUUCGUGCUUUGAUGGAAUUAGUGGUAAAAUAUUAAACUAUUUCUAUAUUGCAUAUUAUUAUUCCAUUUCUUUAUCUUGGGAAACAAUUUAAAAUACAGGAUAGGUAUUUUAGUAACUCUAAUAAUUAGAGUUCAAUAUUUUCAAAUAAUCGUAAGUCAUGAUAAUAUGUAUGUUUGUUCGUUUUACAAACUAUUUACCCAUUGAAUCAUUUUGUAAAUAUAUCAUAUGUAAAAAUA